AUUUUGACUUGACCGCCAUGUUUAUUUCUUUUCCGUCAUUCGCCGCGGUUUAACCACUUCACUGAAGUUUGCAGUGAAAUCUGUAUACAUUUUGAUUAGUACUAACAGCGGCGUUCGUUUUGAUAAUGGGCAAAAAAGUGAAAGAAUAUAAGUCUGGUGACUUCAUAUUUGCUAAAGUGAAGGGGUACCCAGCAUGGCCGGCCAGGGUACAAAGAUUAAAUGGGAAGAAAUACUUUGUGUAUUUCUAUGGCACAGGAGAAACAGCCAACCUGCCACCGAACAUGAUAUUCGACUACGCGGAGAACAAAGACAAGUUCCUCACCAAGACAGUGAAGCGUCGAGACUUCAACGACGGAGUCAAGCAGAUUGAACAUGACUUCGCUAACAACGUGCCGCUCGAGCAGGUCAUCGGGGCUCAACCUGAUGAAGCAGCAGAGGCUGCAAAUGACGCGGAGAAUGACACUGGUAAUGAUACAAUGGAUGACUCCGCCAUGGACGCUACUGCUGCUGAUGACACAGUUGCUGAUACUACGGCAAGCAACGCGACACAGAACGACACGGUCGUAGAGGACUCCGACGAGGCGGGCGCGCUCGUCAUUGACGAGGGGAAGAAACAACAACAGCAACAGAAAGCCAAGAAGUCCAAGCCGGAACCCGCAAAAGCCGCCAAGGACGCCCCGAAGACGCCAAAGACGCCCCGCGGCAAGAGGAAGGAGGAGAAAGGCGAGGAUGAACCUGAGGAGAAGGAGGAGCUCGUCAGCCGGAGUGGACGGAAGAUCAGACCUAAGAGAUACAUAGACGAGCAAACAGAAGAGAACACCACCUUGCCGUCCCCGGCGCCCAAGAAGCGGCGCGGCGCGUCGCCUGCGCAGGAGAAAGAAAAGGAAAAAGAGAAGGAGAAAGAAAAGACAGACGCUAAGGAAAAAGAGAAGUCGGUUGAGAAGAAUAUCAAACACUUCAAUAAUGUUUCGCAGUCGGAACUAGAGGAUCUGAAAGAGCCUUUCAAACCAGCAGACGCAGAGAAAGAAAACAUCCUGAUCGCCUACCUGCCCUCCGGGCAGUACGUGGGCGUGAAGCUGUUCCAGUCGCGGCCAACAACGUACCGCAACGAAGCGGCGCGGCUGCAGUGGGACAAGCGCGCUGCAAACAACGCUAUAACACUCAAACUGCAGCUUGAGAAGGGCCAGAUAACCCCUCAGUCGAUCGCGGCGCAGCUGGUGACGGACCUCAACCUCACUGACGAAGAGAAGGCCUCACUCGAUAAGGAGAGGGAGACUGAAGAAAAGAAGUCCCGCGUUCAGUUCCUCAAGACAGAGAUGAAGCUGAUCGAGCUGGACGCCAAGAUCAAGACCUGCCUGUGUCUGGAGAAGGCUGACACCGAGCUGUGCCUCAAGCUGCUUGACCAGCUCAUGGAGUUGGAGGUGAAGCCGCUGAUGCUGCUGAAGCACCCGGGCUGCCUGGAGAGCAUCAAGCGCAUGCGCGCGUACGUGGGCAACACGCCCUCGUGGGACCUCAGCGAGAGUGACGCGCUGACCUUCAGCAAGCAGGCGCACGCCAUCCGCCGCCGCGCUGACCUGCUCUACGCCAGGAUGAAGGAGCUGUUCCCGUCGCCGGCGGGGCUGUCGUUCUGGGAGUACUUCUCGGAGCGUGCGCUGCAGUUCAAGCGCGUCACGGCCGCGCUGUCGGCCGACGAGCUGCUGGAGAUGGUGGCGCCGCCGCUCGAGAUGUCGCUACCUACAUCGCACACAAUGAAAGCCGCCAUCGACGCGGCGAAUGAGGACCCCGCCCCGGAAGACGAUAAGGAGGAACCGACGCCCAAGAAGAAGAAUACCACAGCAAAAUCAAAGAAAGCGAACAACACGCCUGCCAAACCAGCAACAAAGCGACAGAACUCCAGAAGGCAAGAAGAAAAGGAAGCAGAGAAGAAACAAGAAGAACAAACGCAAGAGAAAGAGAAGACUGACGCAGAAGAGAACAAAGAUAACGCAGAAGUUAAUGACACAGAGAAGAUUACAGAAGAUACUGAACAAGAAAAGGAAGUCAAUGACAAUGGAAAAGAAAACGGUAAAGACGCAGAAGAUCCUAAAGAUAGUACAGAAAAAGAGAGUGACAAAGACAGUAAUGAGAAACAGAGUGAAGACAACGAAAGUAAUGACACUGACAAACCUAAAGAAAGCGGGAAAGGGGAAGAUACAAAUGAAAAAACUAAAGUCGACAAUGAUAAAGGGAAAGACACAGAGAAAUCAAAGAAAGAUAACGGUAAAGAAGACAAAUCUAAGAAAGAUAACGACAAAGGCAAAGAUAAAGAUAGUGAUAAGACUAAAAAUGACAGUGAUAAAAAGGAAAUUAGUGAUAAUGCUAAAGAAAGUGAGAAAGGGAAAGAAGCAGAGAAGGAGAAGGAAAAAGAAGAUGAGCCCAGAGCGAAGCGAGCGAGAGGAGAGAACAAGAAGACUGAAGCGCCGCCGCCGCGAUCUCCCGCCAAAAGGAAAUCUAAAGCUUAAGACGAUUUUAAGACAUAUUUUUAUACUUACCCUAGGUACUUCUGAUGGUCAGUGUGUCAGCAUGCCACAUAUCUUCAGCGCGAUCUAAUAUUAAAUUAAAGAAAGAAAGAAAGAAAGAAAGUAUUUAUUAUUAGAGGACGAAACAGAAAUUGAUGUUCCCACAACUAGUGUCUAUCUUGACAGAUAGAAAUCCUAUAAUUUGCUAUUCAAUAAAUUAUCAGCAGAGGUUGACAAGGCCACUUAUAAGCAAUUUUACAAUUUGAUAUUUGCGCGUACAAAAGUAUGUGCGUAAUGUCAAGAAAUAUCAAAUAGAAUAUUCAAAUACAUUGCUCUUUUUAGAUUUCUGAGGAGUUAAAAAGGCCUUGAAGCAAUUUAACUAUUAUAUAAGUGUUGCUUCCGACUAUUGCAAGAACUAUAGAUAAUACGCUAGUUUUCAACAAGUCAAAUCAGUUACUUUUUACUAAACGUCAAAAACACGAAAUUACUAUGGAAUUUGUUUGAAAUAGCACACUGCACUGUGACGUCAUAGAAAAGUGUGAUAAACAGACUUAUUAUUAAGUAUUUCUUAUAUAAAAUUAAUUAAUAAGUUCAAUAGAAAAAUGAAGUUUUUUUUUUCGUUACUUUUAGAUGUGUCUUUAUUUAGUAAUCGGAAUUUCAUAAUUUAUCUUGAAAGUAGUACACGACCCAAUUUAGGGUGAUAUUAAUAAACUAAUCUCAGCUUCGAGACUGCCCUCAAGAUCAUGUCAAUGUGACAGUUCUCAUAUAAAAACAGAGACUUGAGCAUGAUCUUGAGGGCAGUCUCAGCUGAGAUUCGUUUAUUAAUACCACCCUAAGUCAGUAUCGAUUGUUCUUGCAAUAAUCAAACGCAUAUAUCGAUAGUUCUUAGUCGACGUCGAUAAUCUUUAAUCACUAUCAAAAACUAUGAUUAUACUAUCGAUACGGGGUAUUGGCCUCGAUUCCUGCAGACACCUAAUUUUAAUUCAAGUUAUACCCGUCAUUUUCUUAUCCGCCGAAAAGGAAAGGGACGGAUGAUUGUCAACAAGUUAAUUUUAAAAGGAAUGAAUAACGCGUACGUAUAAAGUAGUCAUCUCCCUGGUAUGCAAUCUUUUUGACGUGCUUUCUACUUAAUUCUGUCGGAUUAUUGGCCGAUGUAAAAUUUUUAGACGUUUUUAGAUUUCUGUGUUUAGGUUGUGUAUUCCAUAAAUUUUACGCCUGUCUAUUACCCGUCCCUUUCUUUUUCAACGGAUGAGAAAUUGACAGGUAUAACUUAAAAUUAGAUAGCGUCUGCAGGAAUUAGCACCAAUAUACUAUCGAUGCGGGACAGUUUUAUUUCAGUUGUCGAUAGUCUAAUGUCCCAUCUGGCACUGCCACCAAAAAAUGCUUAUAACUUUUGAACGGUAGACCGACGAAUUGUCAACAAGGAAAUACCUGAAUACUAGCUGAGACAAAUCAAACUAGCCCAAACUCGAUGAGGUUUUUUAAUAGAGAUCCACAGGCAACAGUAUCGUCAAUAUUCUGAUAUUUAUAUAAACGGACAGAAGAAAAAUCAAUUGUUAUUUUAACGUUUUACUUGGAGAUGCAUGUAUUUGUUGCUUACUGUAUACUUUUUUACAUUGUUUUUAGUUAAUAACACACAAACCCUUUAAAGAACAAUGCAUGUUAACAGCCUUAGUGUAUCAUAAUUAUAUAGGCCAGUUGACAUCAGUGUGGUUCUGUGGUAUCACAGAACCAUGCUGCUCAAACGGGGAGCGUCGGUUCAAUCCCUGUUUGCACUUAUGAGUUAAUUAACCCGUUCUUUUUUUUAAUCAAAAUACUGUUAUAUAAUUUAGUAAUUUGGCUGCCUAGCGUCAGUUCCCAGACAUUCUUAUAAAAAGAUAAAAGUAUCGUAUUUAUUAUUUUCAUAUACAUGCAUGUUUUUUUUUAUACGUACCGUGUUAUCACCAGUUUUUGGCUAUAGAUAAUAAUUCCCAUCAUAAGACAAGUAUUUUGAUAAUUCUGACAUAGCAUGAAACUUAGGUUAAACAUAAGCUACUGAAAGUACACAUAUUUUAUUAGAUUGUAAUUCUAGUGGGUUGGUCGCAGGGUAUCUAAGUAGCAAUAUGAGUACCUACAUUGAAGACUAUCGCAAAGCGAUUAGAUAUCAUUUUACCUAGAUCUUAUAAUUGAACUCAUCCCGUAAUGUGCCCUUUUCACGAAUGUUCCCGAAGUUAUAAAAACUAAAACAGUAAGGACACUUACUACUUUCUUUUUUAUAAAUAUAGUACAUACAUACAUAAACUCAUGCCUGUUUCCCACCGGGGUAAGCAGAGACUAUAGAAUUCCAUUUGCUUCGAUCCUGACACACUUCUCUUGCUUCAUCUAGAAUAAAGUUACAAUUUUUCAAGUUGUUCUUUCUUGUACUCUGGUUUUAUCUCCCUAAAGGUUAGGUUAUAAAGCUGUAUUUACUUAAGUUUUACGCCUAUUUACUGCUAGGGACGUUCCCAAACUGGGAUCACUAGCGAGUGGAAUUCUUUACCGUCUUCUGUAUUUCCGAAUGCAUAUAACCCGGGUGCUUUCAAAGCCAGAGUGAACAGGCACUUUCUGGGCAGGCUCCAUCUUAGGCCUCGUCAAUGCCUUCGGGCAAGUCUGGGGCUAAGAACAAACCCAUCAAAGUUUGAAAAAUAAAAAAAUACUACUUAGUACUUUGUCUAUAUUAUAUUUUGUCAUUUUAGGAUGUGGUCAAUAUAUGAUCUAGGCAAAAUGAUAUCUAGUCGCUUUGCGAUAGUCUAGUCAUAAUGCUACCUAGACCAUCUAAGACGAACCCAUGUUAGUUUUUAGUCUAGCUAUAAAUGCAUUGUAAAUAUUUUACAAUAAAACUCAACUUUAUUAUUGGAA